AUGUACCUCAAGUAUAGUGCUGCUGUGCUAGUUUGCUGCGUGGCCAUCGCUCACGGUGCCUCACUGUCCGUGCCAGCCCCGGACCAAUGGACACUGAUCCCGGACGGAAACGGUCGGCUUCAUCUGACCAACCUCAACCCCUACAGCGUCGACGAGAGUGUUCCGGAGCCACACUUUACCGCCGCCACCGACACCAUCUUCCGGCUGUACACUAGAAGCAACCGAAAUGCGCCGCAAGUAGUGGCCCUUGGCAAUGCGGCCAGUUUGUCCGCCUCGAACUUCAACGCCGCCCACCCAACCCGGUUCAUCAUACACGGCUGGAACAACGAUGGGUUCUCGGAGGUCAACACCAUACUCUCGAACGCUUGGCUGGACCGAGGGGAUUUCAAUAUUUUCACCGUCGAUUGGGGUGUCGGUGCGCAGACCAUCAACUAUCCGUUUGCCCGGGCCCGCGUCAGUGCCGUUGGAAGUGUGGUGUCGUCGUUCAUCAACUUCGUCCAGGCCAACACCGGAAUCAACUUCGCGAGCAUCAGCAUUGCGGGCCACAGUCUCGGGGCGCACGCGGCUGGCAAUGCCGGGUUCUUUCAGUUCGGUCGCCUGAACACGAUCUUCGGCAUGGACCCAGCGUUUCCACUGUUUUCGCUGGACAGCAACGAUCGGAUCACGCUGAACGACGCGCAGUACGUCGAGACGAUCCACACGAACGCCGGGCUGCUGGGAUUCGAUCUGCCGCUCGGUGGCGCGUCCUUCUACCCGAACGGGGGCCGCACGCAACCCGGCUGUGGGGUGGACAUUGCCGGAGCAUGUGCGCACGGUCGGGCCUACGAAUUCCUGGCCGAGUCGAUCGUGUCCGGCGGCUUCACGUCGGUGCGCUGCGGUUCGUACAACGAAAUUCUCACCGGGAGCUGCUCCAUUCAGGGUCCGAGCCGUCCGAUGGGUGGUGAACCCUCCAACUUCGGAACCGGCACCGAGGGCGUGUUCACGCUAACCACGCGUGCCGCCAGUCCUUUCUCGCUCGGUUAG